GAGGUGCGUGCAGUGGUGCGUUGUGAAUGGCGUAAUUGGGCUUGGUGUAGUCGAUGUCGGCCGCCCCCUUCUGGUGUGACGUUAAGUGUUUGUGAAACGCGACCCUUUGCUUUUUCUUUCUGUUUUUGAAGUUAGCAUUUGCUGUAGUAGUGUAGUGUACCGAGACCUUCACUACCGCUGCCCGCAAGUGUAAGGUAGACGAGAAGUGUACGGACGGAAGUAGCGGGCAGAAAAAUAGACAAAUCGAACGGAAAAAAACGUACGAUCGGAAAAACGGCGGCGGCGGUUGUUGCGAGGUAACGCGGCCAACAUCCAAACAACGCGGCGGCAUGUGCGUGUACGUGUGCGCGCGUUUACACGUGUGACUCGGUUGUUGGAACGCUCGGAGGAGGGGGUAGUGAACACAAGCACCCCGAAUAUAUAUAUAUCCUCUUCGAUAAAGAAAAAGAAAACAAGGGUGCGGUAUGUAAAUUGCCCGACAUUCAGGUAAAACAACCACCUACCCCCGAAAACGCAGCAAGGAAGUGAACGAUAGGCAGCAAUAGCUCCGAGAAAGGAGAGACGGCGCACGGGAAGAGGGACAUUUGCCGGCACAACCUCUCCGUCGUGAAGGAAAAGCAUCGGUGCUUAGUGGCAGCGGAAGCGCGGGAAAGCGAACGACGGUGAUCGGCGCCCCGUUGGCCGGCAACCGCGGCAACGUUCCAGGAUGUUCAAGUACAUACCCAUCUUCAAGGGAUGCAACCGGCAGAUCGAGUACGUCGACAACCGGCACUCGUCGCUGCCGAACGUGCCGGAGGAGAUCUUCCGCUACUCCAACAGCCUGGAAGAGCUGCUGCUGGACGCGAACCACAUCCGUGAUCUACCGAAGGGAUUUUUUCGUCUCUACCGUCUGCGGAAGCUGGGCCUGAGCGACAAUGACAUACUUAAGAUUCCCUCCGACAUACAGAACUUUGUCAACCUGGUCGAGCUGGAUGUGUCAAGAAAUGAAAUCGGUGACAUUCCCGACGACAUCAAGCACCUGCGCAGCCUGCAGAUAGCCGACUUCAGCUCGAACCCGAUCUCGCGGCUACCGCCCGGGUUCUCCCAGCUGCGCAACCUGACGGUGUUGGGCCUGAACGACAUGUCCCUCGUCGCCCUGCCGCAAGACUUUGGCUGUCUGUCGAAGCUGGUGUCGCUGGAGUUGCGCGAGAACCUGCUGAAGAACCUACCGGAGUCAAUUAGCCAGCUGACGAAGCUGGAGCGGUUAGAUCUGGGCGACAACGAGAUCGAUGAGCUUCCGUCGCACCUGGGCUACCUGCCGUCGCUGCAGGAGCUCUGGCUGGACCACAACCAGCUGCAGCGUUUACCGCCUGAGAUUGGCUUACUAAAGAAAUUAGUAUGCCUGGAUGUCUCAGAGAAUAGAUUGGAGGAGUUGCCGGAGGAAAUCGGCGGGCUGGAGUGUCUGACCGAUCUGCACCUGUCGCAGAACCUGCUGGAAAUGCUGCCGAAUGGGUUCUCGCGGCUGGUCAGCCUGUCGAUCCUGAAGCUGGACCAGAACCGGCUGCACACACUGAACGACAGCAUCGGGUGCUGCGUGAACAUGCAGGAGCUCAUCCUGACGGAGAACUUCCUCAACGAGCUGCCGGCAACCGUGGGCAACAUGCUCGUGCUGAACAACCUGAACGUCGACCGGAACUCGCUGGUGGCGGUACCGCGCGAGCUCGGCAAUUGUCGCCAGCUCGGCGUGCUGAGCCUGCGCGAAAACAAGCUCACCCGCCUACCCUCGGAGCUCGGCAACUGUACCGAGCUGCACGUGCUGGACGUGUCCGGUAACCUGCUGCAGCACCUGCCGUACUCGCUCGUCAACCUGCAGCUGAAGGCGGUGUGGCUGUCGGAAAACCAGUCCCAGCCACUGCCCACGUUCCAGCCGGACGUGGACGAGGUGACCAAGGAGCAGGUGCUGACGUGCUUCCUGCUGCCGCAGCAGCGCUACGUACCGGCCAACCCGAGCCACCGCGAGGAUACCGACUCGGAGAACUGGGAGGAGCGCGAGGCCUCGCGGACGCACUCGGUCAAGUUCACCGAGGACUUCAACGCGGACAAGGACAAACCGUUCGUGCGCCAGAACACGCCCCACCCGAAGGAGCUGAAGAUGAAGGCGCACAAGCUGUUCGCGAAGGAGCGCAAGUCGGACGACCUGUCCGGCAACCUGGACACACUCUCGGAGGAGUCCGCCUCGCGGCCCUCGCUGCUCAACCGCUCCGGGUACGGGGCGGCCACGAUGGAGGACAUCCAGGGUGCCAUGCCGACCGAGACGGCGCCCGGCGAACCGGAGGGCCAUUCCAACCAAGCGCUGCUCGACACCGACGACUACCCGGACGAGGACGGCUACGAGAAGCGGGUCGGCUUCGAGGUGAACGAAGACCACGAGGAGGGGGACGACGGUGGUGGUGAGGGUGACCGGCAGCACCAGCAGUACCAGCAGUACGGCGACGAGAGUGACGAGAACGGCGGCAAGAAGCCUAUCUCCAAGCUGCACCGCAGGGAUACGCCGCACCAUUUGAAGAACAAGCGUGUGCACCAUACCAUCACUGACAAGAAUACUAAUCUAAUGUUCACCUCGCUGAAACUAAAAGAACUGUCCCCGCCGAAGCUGGACGAGCAUCCGACGGUGGAGCAGUCGCAGGCUGCGACGCAAUCCGCCACCCAUCCCGAAGAUACCCUCGAUGCGUACACCGCACUCCGGGAGGAACGGCUCGAGAUCCACAUCGAGCGCACGUCCGCCGGGCUGGGCCUCAGCAUAGCGGGUGGGCGCGGCUCGACCCCGUUCAAGGGCGACGACGAGGGCAUCUUCAUCUCGCGCGUCACCGAGAAGGGCCCGGCGGAUCUGGCCGGGUUGAAGGUUGGCGAUAAGGUACUUAAGGUCAAUGGAAUCUCGGUGGAGGAUGCCGAUCACUACGAUGCGGUCGAGGUGCUGAAGGCGUGCGGCUCGGUGCUCGUGCUGUUCAUUGCCCGCGAGGUAACGCGCCUCAUCGGACACCCGGUGUUCGACGAGAGUGGCUCGGUGGCACAGAUCAGUGUGACCGACCACCAGCACUCGGACGCUGAAGGUAAGCUAGCGAUGGUUUCGCCGCCGCCACCACCACCCGUGUCGCUCGGCAUUCCGACCAGCGACAACAACGGGUACCUGGGGUCGGCCGCUCCCUCACCGAACACGGUUGGGCUGCCGAAUGGUGCCGCCGGCGUCUCCGGUGGCGCCAACCUCGGCGAGAUGCUGGCGAACGGCAACGAGAUCACGCAGAAGAUCAUCCUGCACACGACGCUUAUCCGCGACCAGAUCGGGCAGGGACUCGGAUUCUGCAUCGCCGGUGGUAAGGGACACGCACCGUUCAAGGACGGCUCCGAGGGCAUCUACAUUUCGCGCCUGAACGAGAACGGUGUCGCACACAAGGACGGCAAGAUAAUGGUGGGCGAUCGUGUGCUUGCGAUAAACGGUGUCGACAUUACCAACGCCCACCAUGACUAUGCGGUGCAGCUCCUGACCGACCAUCAGCGCUUCGUGCGGCUGGUGGUGCAGCGAGAGGUAAAGGGACCACUGGAUGCACUUCACAGUCCGCGCAGUCCACUCGUCGGCCCCGCCGGUGUCGGAACACGUACCGGGGCCGGCAGCUACCGAGCCGGAUACACUGGUUACCGACGCUCGACGACAGACGACCAGCUCGCUGAAAACAAUGGCAGCAGUCCGCUUCAGUCCGGCGAAGCAGCCCGGGCUGCAGGUCUCGAGGUCGAUGCCAAGGCGCACGACCAACAAAAGGUAACUGGCAAUGGUGGGCCUCCCGCUCUCAGUUCACUAAGCUCAUAUGCACCGCCAUCGGUACCGCACCAUCACCAACACCUGCCAUCGUCUGCUGCACAUGAGUCACACCAUCAGCAGCAACAGCAACAGCAGCAGCAGCAGCAUCAACAACAAUCGCAUCUGCAAUCGCAAUCACAUACGCAAUCGCAGCCUCCCCUACCAGCACCCCGUACAGUAUUAAUGCAAAACGUAAAUAACACCCACAAGCAAAACAUCACUAGCUACGAUGGUAGCAACGGCGUGCCGCCAAAGCAGCAGCAACCGUCGGAUCCGCAAUCGGCGAUGCAGGUCGCCACCGGAAACGGCACGGGGCUGGCGGGUAGCACUAACAAUAACGGAGUGGUCUCUCACUCCACACACGACGACCCACAGGUGUCAGCCAGGCCCAUGACCAGCGCAGACUUUCAGGCCAUGAUACCGUCUCACUUUAUCAGCGGCGGGCGGCAAGUAAACGUGGACCGGUCGGACCACGGACCCUCGGUGACGGUGACGGUGCAGAAGGCCGUGCCGGACAUGCCGAUGCUGCCGCCAGCGCCGACCGAGCUCGGCACCGUGACCGAAACGAUUACCAAGUCAACGUUCACUGAGACGGUAAUGACCCGGGUUACUGACAAUCGCUUAUUGGAACCACUAAUCAGCGAGGAGGUCGUACUGCCGAAGGAUCAGGGCUCACUAGGAUUCAGUAUUAUCGGAGGUACCGAUCAUUCCUGCACCCCGUUCGGAGGUAACGAGCCGGGAAUAUUCAUUUCACACAUCGUUGCCGGCGGUAUUGCGGCGCUUUCCGGUAAGCUGCGUAUCGGUGAUCGGAUCCUGAAGGUGAACGGUACCGACGUAACGCAGGCCACGCACCAGGAAGCGGUAAUGGAGCUGCUGCGACCGUGUGACGACAUCAAGCUGACGGUUCAGCACGAUCCGCUGCCGGCCGGGUACCAGGAGGUACACAUUGUGAAGCAGGAAGGUGAAAGAUUGGGAAUGCAUAUCAAGGGUGGCCUGAACGGGCAGCGUGGCAAUCCGCUCGACAUCACGGACGAAGGAGUGUUCAUCUCGAAGAUCAAUACGAACGGGGCGGCGAAGCGUGACGGCCGUCUGCGCGUCGGCAUGCGCAUCCUGCAGGUGAACGGUCUGUCGCUGUUGGGCUCGACGCACCAGGAAGCGGUCGAUGCGUUGCGCGCCACCGGUAACCAGCUACAUCUGGUCGUCUGCAAGGGCUACGAGAAGGCGGAUCUGCUGCAUCUGGCCGGUAGCGCCGGCGGCAUGAGUACCAGCCUAAGCAAUAACGGGGAAAAUGCUCGGAUCGGCUCGCGCGCUUCGGAAACGGGAUCCGAACUCAGCCAGAGCGUUUCCAGCCUGGACCGGGAUGAUUCGGUUCUGUUGACGGACGCGCACCGGAAGCUGAGCGUGGACAAGAUCGACGAGGAGGUGACACCGCCCCAGAAUGCCGCCAGCACGGAGGCACUCGAGCAGCAGGCACCGCAGGAAGUGGUGAGUGCCACCUCCCGGGCGCUCGCAAGUGUCAAUCCCCAGGACCAACAGGUAGCAGUUUUGCCGAAGGAAAAAAGCACACCCGAGAAGGUGUUAGACAUCGUGCGGGCCGCCGAAUCGCUGGCCCUCGGGGGUCCGUUGGUCGAGAACGGUCCGCCGAAGUCCCCGACGGAAACGCCUUCCGAAACCUUGCAGAAGACGACCACCAUCGUGAUGUCGAAGCACACCCUAGACACACAAGCACCUCAGUCCCCACCGUUGGGGCCAAAAACACCGAAGAGCGUGUCGGACAAGAAGCGGUUCUUCGAGAACGCGAUGGAAGACCAGCAGAAGCCAACGCCGAAGUCAGAGAAAGUCUUCUCCUUUCUAUCGCAAGAUGAGGUAGAAAAGUUGAAGCAGGAAGAGGAGCGCAAGAUCGCGACGCUGGGCAGGGAGAAGAUCCACCGGCGCUUCGACGGCGACGAGGACGACGACGAUGAUGACGAGGACGACGACGACGAAGGGCGCGACGAUGACGACAAUGCGAAGGAGCAUUCCGAGGACGACCAGAGCCGUCGCCGAUCGCCGGCGGCGCAGGAAACGGAAACGGACAAGUCCGACAUAAACGAUAACAACAUGAGUCCGACGCCGGCGUCGAUCGUGCGGGAUGAGCUGGUGCGAUCGCCGGUCGCCGAGUCGACGGUCACGCAGCAGAAGCUGACCCCGUCGCAGUUCGCGUCGCCGCUGGUCGCGAAGACCCCGAUCAGUCGCAUCCCGAUCCGGACGGCCAACGCGGAGAAGCGAGCGCGGGCCAACAACUGUCUGCCCCCGGAGUACGACGAGUCGAAGCUGAGCCCGUCCGAGAUACGAGCGUUGCGCGCGCAAAAGCGAGCCGCCUGGAGACAGGCGCGACUAAAGUCGCUGGAAAACGAUGCGCUGCAGGCGCAGAUUAUGAUUCAGACGAUGAACGCAGCCAUGCUGCACGAUGAUGGCACCGCCGGAGGUGGUGUCGGCACGAACGCCAACUAUGCGUCCGGCAAGCUGGUUGCGGACGGCGAAUCGAUGUUGCAGGAGGGUGAGAACGCACAACACCAACAGCAGCAAGUGUUGCAGGUCCUAGAUGAGGAGGUUGAAACGAUGCGAGAGAAAAUAAUCAUGUUUGAGCUGGAAGACUCAUCGUCCGGAGACAGCGAGCGGAUUGACGAGCACGACGGAGUGACCAACACCACAAGCACGGCCAGCGCCGCAGAGGAGCUGCCCAGUGACGAGGUUCGGGUGGAUGAGGACACAGCACCACCGUGCGCCGAGGAAACAUCGAGCACCGUACAAACGAUCGUCGAGGUGAUCAACCCCAUCCUGACGGGCGAUGGCCAACCGCACGACAUCGCGAUCGGGCGAUACAACGACGUGUACGGCGGGGAGGACUCGUUUGCGUUCGCGUCCGACUCACCCAGCUCGGCCACCGGGGGAGGCGAGUAUGGUUCGGCGAGGUUUGCGUACGAACCGACCGGACCGUACGAGUCGAUCAACGUCAAGAUGAAGCACGUGCUGCGCGAGCUGAAACAGUGCGAGAAGGUGAAGCAGAACCUUUCCAAGAGUCUCACCGAGGAGGAACUACGAGAGCAGAACGAUCGGGACGAUGAAGAGGAGGAUGAGGAGGAGGAGGAGAAGGAAGAGAUGGAGGGUAGCUAUGAGUACCGGAUCGACCCUGCCGCCGAGUGGAAGGAGCAGCCAGACGAAGCGGACGUUGAGCGUUACGAGGAGAAAACGGGCGCCAUCGGAACGGUGUUUAUGGUGCGCGAGCGGCUCAUCAACGACUUUUACACACACCAAAACGAGCUGGCGUACGAACAGCAGAACCAUCAAAAAUACCAACAACAGCCAACGCACGACGUCGUCGAAGACGCUGUCUACGACGGGGAGGAGGAGGAGGAGGAUGAGGAGGAAUCGUACCGCGAUUGUGAGGUGAUCACCAAUCCGAAUGCCGAAGGCUUUGCGGUGGACUUCGACACGCGGGAAGCGGGCAAGAAGCUGUUCCAGCAAACGAUACACUCCGAGAAGCUGAAAGCUGCCUUUGGCACAGGUGAGGACGAUGACGACGAGGACGAGGGCGAGAAGAGUGAUGCCGGCGACGAUCGGCGCAACGGGAACACCCCUGUAACGCCUGCAGUUAGUGCCUCCAGCUCCACCGCAGCUGCAAUGUCGACGGCAUCGACGACGACAGCGGCGACGACGGCGAACACGAUGGUGACGGACACGGUCAUGCACUCCGAGACCACCGUCGAGAAGAGCGAACAGGUGGAAUCUUCCACCGGGUCCGGGGUGAAUGGUAGCGGCAAGCGGAAGAAGCGAAAGGGUAAAAAGAAGAAGUAAAACCCAAGCCAGGGAAAGCGCGCACGGGAAACAACGGUUCAAAGGUAGUCGCUACUCCACGAAAAAGAGUACGGUCCUCCGGUGUCCAAGCACAUUCCAAGCUCACGUUUGUCCGCGGGACAUCCGGAGAGUCGCGAGAUCUCUUUCGGUGGAGAGUUCUUCUUUACCCAUCUUUGGCAUAACGGCGAUGUUUCCCCCUUUGUUGUUCGUGGAAAGUCAGUCCUCUCGUACAGGGGAGUAGGUUCAGGUACGCCAAGGCGUACUGAAACCUUUAACAACACACGAUUGAAACCCACAAUUGCUAACGACACCCACCAACAACUGGUCUAUCUUUCAACCGUUGCUCCAAUGUUGCCGCGAACACCCUCCAUCGUUAUCCACCCAUUCACAAUCCAAGCCGAAUCCGAAUCUUCCAGCGGUGACGCGCCCGGUCCAGCGCAGCACUCCUACUAGCGAAUUUUAAUCAGAUUUUAACAGCAUUCCGGUCCGCACCCGGGAAC